GCCCGGACGAAGGCCCUCUAACCUCAGGAACUUUAUCCAGGGAACAGCGAAAAUGGUCUGAUUAGGAGAUUCAUCAAUAACAAAGGAAGUUAUUCGUUGUUAAUUUUUCCAUUUUUCUCUCCCAAACUUUCUUCUGGAUCUUUUGCAUCUGAAGGCACAUUAGGAUCUUUUCACCAAAACCUGGACUGGCUCUGGUCUGCAGGGCGCCCGUAUCCCAGCCCAUGCAACCCCCUAACAAGAAGGGCACCUACUCCCCGUUCCAAUUGGCUUCUGCACCAGAAAGUGACCUGAUCUACUCCCUUUUGAUCUUCCGUUGCUAGAACGAACAAGUGGGUGUCUCUCUCUCGUCUGGUAAGGAAGAUGGUUACUCCAAUAAGAACAUCAAAGAGGAACCCGAUUACCGUUCUGGUUGGAUGGGUGAGGAGGCAACCGCCCAAGGUGAAGGCCUUCCUGGCCGUCGUGACCGGGAUGGCUUCCCUUGUCUUCCUUAAAUUCGUCGUCCACGAUCACGACAAUCUGUUCGUUGCCUCGGAGGCAUGUCAUGCGCUUGGGAUCUGCGUCUUGAUCUACAAGUUGAUGAAGGAGAAAAAUUGUGCAGGCCUUUCACUCAAAUCGCAGGAGCUGACGGCCAUGUUUUUGGCUGUGAGGCUGUACUGUAGCUAUGUGAUGGAAUACGACAUACACACUCUGCUUGAUUCAGCAACUCUAAUCACGACGCUGUGGGUGAUUUACAUGAUCCGAUUUAAGUUGACGUUGAGUUACAUGGAGGAUAAAGACAACUUUGCAACAUAUUAUGUGGUAGUCCCAUGUCUCGCACUGGCCUUUCUUGUUCAUCCUUCAACCUCACAUAGUAUAAUACACAGGAUUGCCUGGGCUUUUUGUGUUUAUUUGGAAGCUGUCUCAGUAUUGCCUCAGCUACAAGUAAUGCAAAACACAAAGAUUGUUGAGCCAUUUACUGCACAUUAUGUAUUUGCUCUCGGCAUUGCAAGAUUUCUGAACUGUGCACAUUGGGUCCUUCAGGUUGUGGAUACUCGUGGACGCUUGCUGACUGCAUUAGGCUAUGCAUUUUGGCCUCCAAUGGUGCUUAUUGCUGAGAUCGUACAGACUUUUAUUCUAGCAGAUUUCUGUUAUUAUUAUGUGAAGAGUGUAUUCGGCGGGCAGCUUGUGUUGCGUCUUCCUUCUGGAGUGGUGUAAACUUGAGGCAAGGAUAUAUUUGCACGACUGCUCUACUAGUAAACUUACCAUGACCAGUAUUCUUUGACUGCACAAUCUUUUGUCUUUUCCAUGGGAUUUAUUAUGUAACUAAUGAUUCCAGAGUUGGUCCUGCUACAGAGUCACAUACCAUUGAAAUUUGAAAGGAGUUACGAUCAAAACUAAUCUGCCUGUUUUGACUGGGGACAACUAUCUUGUAAAAAUUUUUGGGUUGCAUUAGUUUGCUCAUGAAUAUGAGAGCAUACAAAGUUUGCAUUCCCACCAUCAAAGGAUGUUUAUGACUUCUAUUUAAAAGAUGAGAUUCGGUUCUACAUGA